UGUUACACGCAGUUGUGGGACACCUGUGGCCACCUGUGGCCAACUGUGCAAGUGUGGGCCUACUGGGCCCCACAACAGCACUGGGCCCCACAACAGCACUGGGCCCUGCAACAGUGCACAGGCCACCACACUCCUGUAUUUAGGAGGGCACUUGCCCGCAUCUCACACUCUUGCAAAAAACAGACGAUCUUGCACUCCUUCCGAAGCUCCUGCUUGGUUUGAGUGCGCCGCUGCUUUGGCUGACGAGGCCGGGCAGCACCCACUUUGUUUGUAUAACAAGUGGUGCCCACUACUGAACUCGAACCUGUGCGAUGAACUAUAAGACUCCUUUGUGUUCAUCAACAGUGUGCCCGAGCAGUACCGCGUCAUGUGGCUUAGGCAACCACAUGCGGGCGCAGGUGCCCCGAGUGCCCUGCCAGGAAGCACUUAUGGUUUUGCUUACUUGGGUGGUCUCUAAGUAUUGCGAAGCCCUCGAGCUCCUAAGACCUAACCUAGAGGUCGAUAUCCAGGGCAACAACGUCAAUCGCGACCUUCAACACUUCCUCCCAAAGACCAUGUCAAUCGCAACCACUUUUUCCAAGACCUCGUCGCCCUGGCCCAGCUCCCAUCCUUCCAACCGGCAACAACGUCAAUCGCAACCUCUUUCCAAAACCUCGUCGCCCCGGCCCGGCUCCCAUCCUUCCAACCGCUCCAACCUCCGACCGAUCAAUCGCUCCAAUCGAUCGCCCCAGCCAGUCGCCCCGAUCAAAGAACCUGACUGGCCAGUCGCCCCAAUCAAGGAACCCAACAGCACUGGGCCCCACAACAGCACUGGGCCCCGC